AUGCAAGAGAUGAAUGGAUCUCGUACUUCAGAUGAUCGUCGUGGGAAUAAUUCACAUGCAAGGAACCAUGAGAACAGACUUUCGUUCUCUUCUGUACAGUCAGGUUCCACUGCAGCUACUUUAACUUCAGCAUCAAACGCUGAGCAAAACCAUACUGAACCUUAUGCGGGUGCUGCUUUUGAGACCGUGCCUAGUUCUAUCGUUUCAUUUCACCAUCCCCAUUCAUUCCAAACAAGCAGUGUGCUGGGGGGGUCGGUGGCUUCUAGUACUAUAGGUAGAAGAGGUCGCAGGUCUGGCGAAGGAGAUGCACUCGUUGAUGGGCCUGCAGUUCAUUCUAGAAGUCCUUCACGCAAUCCCCACUUCAGGCUAUUCACAGAGGAUCAAAUCGCAGAUGCUGAAGGUGCAGCUUCCACUAUAGAGGCAGCUGAUUACGAUACGUAUUGGGAUUCUACUCCGGCAUAUGAACAGCAGGUCUUAGAGGGUUCAAGGUUUAGUUCGAGAAGAAAUUCACUACGUAGUCAAUCUAUGAGGUCUUCCAUAUUCACUAGAGGCUCAUACGAUUCUAUGGGUAGAGAUAGCGGUAGAGGUCGUUCUUUGUCGAGGACUCGCCCAUUGCAUCCACAACCGACUUAUCACUCAUCGGCGCACUCGUCUUCAAGUUCUUCCAGAUACAGCAGAAGAGAUAGAAUUCCAUCCGAAUUGGAGGAUCAAGGUGACGAGAUGUUAAACGAUAGAUCCUCCAAUGGUUCAUUAGCGAGAUCUGGUACAGAAGAUUUUUUCUAUGAUGAUGGUGAUAAUGUGUCUGGUCAAGAUGACGCACAUACCAAUGGUCAUCAUAAGAAGCCAAUCUACCAUGCAGAGUACUUACAACCUCACUAUCACGAGAAGUUUUAUUCUAACCUACCGGCCAAAUUGUACUAUCAGAGAUUUUACGUGGCAGAAGAAGACUUGGUCAUUGGUAUCGGUGGGUAUAGAACUGUCAAGUUCAGACUUUACUUGUACUAUCUCUUAUGCAUGUGCUCAUUGGGUAUGGUCUAUUUAUUAGUCAGAUGGAUACCGUACUAUAGAGUUAAACUAUAUGGUGUUAAAGUGCCAUUGGGUAAGGCUGAAUGGGUCGUUCUCGAAAGUGAAUUAGGGGAUUUCAAUAUUGUUGAUGUAGAAAGGGAAUGGUACAACAGACCAAUGAGUACAGUUUUACCCAUGACAAAGGAAAGCACCGGUGACCGUAGUGGUACUUCAUUUAGUUUUCACCAUGCCGGAGAUUUGAACCCUAAUAUUCCAAUCUUGGUGUCUUUUGAAUACAGAUACAUUACUUUCAUUUAUUCACCAUUGGAGGAUGUGUUUAGAAGUAAUAAUAAUUGGACUGACUCCGAUUGGGUCGAUUUACCAACUGUUUAUUCCGGAUUGUCAAGCGGUGCCUGUGAGGAUAGGACUUUGGCGUUUGGUCGUAAUAGUAUCAAUUUGAAAGUCAAAACUACUUCGCAGGUUUUGUUCGAUGAAGCUCUUCAUCCGUUUUACAUUUUUCAACUGUUUUCCAUCCUGCUAUGGUCUGCAGAUCAGUAUUACUAUUAUGCUGCCUGUAUCUUUGUCAUAUCAUUACUUUCCAUCGUGGACACUUUGGUCGAAACCAAAAAGACCUCUGAAAGAUUGGCAGAAAUGUCUUAUUUCAACUGUGAUGUGCGGGUCCUAAGAGAAGAGUUCUGGACACAUAUAAGUUCUUCCGAAUUGGUACCCGGUGACGUUUAUGAAGUCUCAGACCCAGCCUUAACAAUCUUCCCCUGCGAUUCCAUUUUACUAUCUGGUGAUUGCAUUGUAAAUGAAUCCAUGCUAACCGGUGAAUCUGUGCCCGUUUCCAAAAUUCCCGCCACAGAGGAUACAAUGUACCAAUUACUAGAUGAUUUCAAGGAUACUCAGAUUUCUGGGUCCCUUUCUAAAUCUUUCUUGUUUAAUGGUACGAAAAUUAUUAGAACUCGUAUCCCGAAGGGCCAGUCUGCUGCACUGGCCAUGGUGGUACGUACCGGGUUCUCUACUACUAAGGGUUCGUUGAUCAGAUCUAUGGUCUUCCCUAAACCUACUAAUUUUAAAUUUUACAGGGAUUCAUUCAAAUAUAUUGGAUUUAUGACCAUGGUAGCCCUCCUAGGGUUUUCCAUCAGUUGUAUGAGAUUUAUCCAGAUUGGACUCGAUAAGAAAACGAUGAUUUUAAGAGCAUUGGAUAUUAUUACUGUUGUGGUUCCACCGGCUUUACCUGCUACUUUGACCAUAGGAACUAAUUUUGCGUUGGGAAGACUCAAGAGUAAAAAUAUAUUUUGUAUUUCACCUACUAAAGUCAAUGUAGGAGGUAAAUUGGAUGUAAUGGCUUUUGACAAAACAGGGACGUUAACUGAAGAUGGAUUGGACAUAUUGGGAGUUCAUGUUUCAGAGCCAAGUUCACAUAAUUCUUUUACCUUUGGGAAAUUGCAGCAAAAUGUCCAAGAAGUUUUCCCUAAAUUUUCACUGAACGAUUGUAGUAGCCCCAAUGACCUGAGAGCUAAGAACUUCUUCAUCUCUCUUCUUACGUGUCAUUCUCUGAGGUUAGUUGAUAAUGAACUACUGGGUGAUCCCUUAGAUUUUAAAAUGUUUCAAUUCACAGGCUGGUCCUAUGAGGAGGACUUUCAAGAGCAUGCAUUCCAUUCAUUGUAUGACCAGCGUCAUGAAGGUGACAUAUUCCCGGAGAAUUCCGAUAUUAUUCCAGCAGUGGUUCACCCCAACAGUAACUCGCCUGAUAACAGGUUUACCGAUAACGAUCCUCACAAUUUCUUGGGUAUUGUAAGGAGUUUUGAAUUUUUGUCCAAAUUAAGGAGAAUGAGUGUAAUUGUUAAACCAAGCAGCGACAACAUUUUUUGGGCAUUUACCAAAGGUGCGCCUGAAGUCAUCUCUGAAAUUUGUAAUAAGAAUACCCUGCCCAAGGACUAUGAUGAGCUAAUCCAUAAAUACACACAUGCUGGUUAUAGAGUGAUAGCGUGUGCAGGUAAGACUUUACCCAAGAGGACCUGGUUGUAUUCUCAAAAAGUUACGAGAGAAGAAGUUGAGUGUAACCUGGAGUUUUUAGGAUUAAUUGUUUUCGAAAACAAGUUGAAAGAUGCAACUGCCGGUACUCUGGAAACACUUAGGGAAGCCAAUAUUCGAACUAUCAUGUGUACUGGUGAUAAUGUUCUGACCGCUAUUUCUGUUGGUAGAGAAUCGCGCCUCAUUGAUUCCCCUCGAGUCUAUAUCUCGUGCAUCAAUGAAGAUGCUCGUAUGGGUGAGCCCUUCCUGCUUUGGAGAAAUGUAGACAAUUAUGAGGAUACCUUAGACUUGGAUGAACCACAAUUCGCCGGCACUUUCGAAGAUUACACAUUGGCGGUUACUGGUGAUGUAUUUAGAAUAUUGUUUGAUAACGAAAGCAGAAUACCAGAAAAUUAUAAGGACACCGUUUUGUUGAAAGCAUGCAUCUAUGCUAGAAUGUCACCAGAUGAAAAGCACGAAUUAAUGGAAAGAUUGCAAAAGAUGGACUACGUGGUUGGAUUUUGCGGGGAUGGUGCUAACGAUUGUGGUGCUUUAAAAGCUGCUGACGUCGGUAUAUCUCUAUCUGAGGCCGAAGCCUCUGUUGCUGCUCCUUUUACCUCUCAAAUCUUUGACAUUAGCUGUGUGUUGAACGUAAUCGAAGAGGGCCGUGCAUCUUUGGUUACUUCAUUUGCCUGCUUCCAGUACAUGAGUCUUUAUUCUGCCAUUCAGUUCAUCAGUAUUACAAUAUUGUACUGUCGAGGAUCUAAUUUGGGUGACUUUCAAUUUCUCUUUAUAGAUUUAUUGUUGAUUGUCCCCAUUGCGAUCUUUAUGUCUUGGACAAAACCCUAUCAUAAAAUUGCCAAGAAAAAACCAUCGGCCAAUUUGGUAUCACCCAAAAUUCUAGUACCCCUUUGUGUCAGUAUUCUUCUUUGUCUCUUUUUCCAAGGUAUUCCUUGGCUCAUGGUUCAGAGGACAAAGUGGUACAUCAAACCAAUUGUUGGUAGUGAUGAUGCAGUCCAAUCCUCGGAUAAUACGGUCUUAUUUUUCGUUUCCAAUUUCCAGUACAUUUUAUGUGCCGUCGUGCUCUCUGUGGGACCUCCUUACAGAGAACCAAUGUCAAAGAACAUUGGAUUCAUCGCGGAUGUGGUACUUUCACUCUUGUUCAGUGUAAAGCUGAUGUUUGUCAACCCAUCAUCUUUCAUGGGGAACUUGUUUCAAUUGACCAAUAUUUCUAAGAAAUUCAAAUUUUUUAUCAUAGUAUGGGCAGCAAUUAAUUAUUAUGCGCAGCUAUAUGUCCCCAAUUAUUUCAAAGGUUUAUUCAGGAAGAAACGUAGUAGCAAGAAAUACAAAAAUAUUUUGAGAGAUCAAAAUGUGUCUUUUUUAGCCUGA